AUUUUUCCAAUCCCUUACUAAUUAGAAUAGUAAUCUUAAAAUUCUAUAAAAUGUGUAAUUUGUGAUAAACAACGAUAAGGCUUGAAUACUUAAUCUUCAGAACCACUACAAUAGAGGCGAUGUGUAAUUCAAGAUCAUUAAGAACGCUUUUAUUUGAUUAAGCGCAAGUUUUGUUUUUUUAUUUGUGGGAGUAGUUAAUUUAAAAUUGUCCGUGCAGAAGUUAAACGAUGUUGGUCGAUGUCCAAUCGUUAUCAAUAAGUGCCCAAAUAUUUCUUGUUGCUUCUCUUCCUUGUAAUUAAAUUUCUACGGUGGUUUUAGUAAGCUUGCAGGACUGCGAUCGGUUAAAUGAGUAGUGUAAUUUAGCUAGUUAAAUUUUUAUUAGUGGUUUAAAGCAGUGCGCUGCUUGUGCUGUUCAAAAACCGAUUUUUUCUAAAGGAUUACGAUGUGAUAUGUGAUUUUCCGAAUAUAAAUCAUCGUCAAAUUUAAAAAUGUUCUGAGGGACGAAGACAAUGUUGCUAAAUUUUCAGGCAAUUAUUUUAAUUCUACUGUUUGUUCCAAGAAGUUAUUCGAAUUGCAAGGAUCAAAAAUGUAAAACUACUAGAAUUCACGGACUUAAAAGUUCGGAUUGUUUUAAUAUGAAUUGGAAAGAAUUUCCUAAAUGUCUUUCAUCAGAUGUCGAAGUUGUCGAUUUAUCCUUUAACAGAAUAAGAAAGAUCAGCAGAUCGGAUUUCCAGAAACACCCACACAUAAAAUACUUGUACUUAGCUGAUAAUCUUAUUACAAAUAUUGAAGAAAAUACAUUUGAAGACCUGGAUAAAUUAGAGACUCUUGAUUUGUCACUGAACGCUUUGGGGAAACUGCCUCCCACAAUCUUCAAACUGCCAUCCUUAAAAACAUUAUACUUAAGUCAAAAUACAAAUCUGAAUCUAUCAGAAUCUAUCCAAGAUGCCAGCCCUAUUUCUAGUCCCAUAACUAAGCUGGACGUUAGUCUGAUUACCAGCGAAAAUGAGCCAAAGGAUUUUCCAGACUUUGGGGAAAUGAUUUAUUUGGCAAAGCUUAAUAUUACUGGUAACCAGUUUAACUACAUUGUUCCAAAACACUUUGCAGGACUUUGUAAUCUGCAAAUUUUGGACCACGAAAAUGUAACAGCAUUUUUCAAAUCUUCUUGUGAUUGCUGGGUUUUAAACAACUGGUUAGAAGAAAGGAAUGUCAAAUUUUCAAAGUUUAUUUGUUCUGUUUCAGAGAAAGACUGUUCAAGCCAUCAACUAAGUGAGGAAGAUUCAAAAAUCUAUGAAACUUGCCUGAAAAAACUCCAUCAUGUUCAGCAGUCUAAAUUUCUUUGUAAAAUCGGUAUUGGUGUAGGGAUCACUAUUGGAAUCAUUUGUAUAAUAGCUCUUAUAGUAAUUUGGAGAUGGAGAAAAAAUAAGAUACAAAGGAAACAUGAACAAGUAAAAACUGUGUCAUAUGAUCCAGUUGAAAAUAAACUUCUAAAUAAAUGAAAAAAACUAUAUGUUAUAUUAUAACAAGUUAUGUGAUAUUUAGUUUGUAGGUUUUGCUAAGAUGUUGACUUGUGUUAUUAGUUAUAAAAACAUGGAUUGUUCUAUCAAGAAGCCCUAAAGACAAUUUGAAAUAAUGAUAUUAAGUAUAUGAAGCAGUAUUUGCAUGCAAUUAUAACUUAAUGUCUUUAGAAAAAUAGGUUUUGAUGUGUGCUCUCUCUGUAGACCAAGUCAGUUUGUUUGAAAUUGUAUGAAUGCGAUUAUUUAACCCAUUAACAUCGACUUAACAAGGGUACAAACUAUGAACAAACACAGCCAUAUUUUACUUUAAUGUUAUAGUUUGUAGAUUAUUGUAUGCUACUAGUUAUUAAUAAGUAUUAUUAAGCUCGAACACAUCUGCACAUGUCCUGGAAUUAUUUAUUUUUUAAUUAAAAAUAUUACUUCUAAAUAA